CAGUCUAGUAGGGAGUGGACGUGUUUUUCCUCAGUUCUUUCCCUCACGACUUGAUUAUAGUGUGUCUGAAGUUGUGGUGGUAGGAACUUCAUAUACAUCCGCGACAAGGACAGUUUUGUGACUUUGGUUUGGGGCUUUUAAUGGGGGUGUUGGGUGCUGCGGGCCCUACUGGAGGCCGUUGUCAGUGCGUGGACGACUUACUUGCGCCUAUUCGCAGCAAAAUGAAAGUUCUCAAGAAGUUCAAGAAAAGGAUGGGAUUAGCUCCGAGGUCCGGGGGCAGCGCAGGCACGAACAACUUGCCGCCAAUCCUGUUCCACCAGGUGCAUGGGGACAACAUCCGCGUCUCGUGGGACGGGACAGUGGCCAGGCGGGCAGAGAGCUUCUGCAAGGGCGUCACGUUCAGUAGCAGACCCAUCAAGGUGGCAGAGAAGGUUUGUGUUAAGUUCCUGGAGGUGUCAAACAACUGGAGUGGUGUAAUUCGCUUUGGAUUCACUUGUAAUGACCCCAACAAUCUUCGAUAUGGUCUUCCUAAAUAUGCAUGUCCAGAUCUGACAAAUAAGCCUGGAUACUGGGCUAAGGCAUUAGCAGAGAGGUUUGCAGAACGAGACACCAUACUUUUCUACUAUGUGACCCAAGCCGGAGAUGUGCACUUCGGUAUCAAUGGUGAAGAAAAAGGAGUAUUCUUUAGUGGUGUGGAGACAAGGGGACCACUCUGGGCUAUCAUUGAUGUUUAUGGAAACUCUACUGCUAUUGAGCUGGUUGACCCUCGACAGCAGCUCAACAAUUCUCGCCGUAAUCUUGCUGUGGGAGGUGAUGCCAGUCCUGGAGAUUCAGCUGCAAUGGAGCGCCUUAUCCUUCCAUCUCUCACUGCUCUCACAAUCAAUCAGCAGAAUCACCAGCAGCCGCAGUCACAGCGGAAUGCAGCAGAUGAUUCUACCACCAACGACAUGCCUGGAUCAAGAUUCCAGCAGCCAGGAACCUUUUUCAACCCUCUGCCAUUCCACAGGACACGUGGUCGUAACAUCAGGCUCAGCAAUGAUCGUUGUAUUGCAAGUCGUGCAGACACUGAAUUCUGCCAUGGUUAUGUGUUCACUACACGGCCUAUUCAGCUUGGAGAGAAGGUUGUGAUACAGGUCCUGGCAACGGAACCUAUGUAUGUUGGAGCAUUAGCGUUUGGCCUAACUUCUUGUGAUCCUGCCAUGAUUCAGGGAGUAGAUCUUCCAGAUGACUCUGAUCUCCUACUAGAUCGACCUGAGUACUGGGUGGUCAGUAAGGAUGUUGCCAGUUGUCCUCAACGAGGAGAUGAACUUUCAUUCUGCAUAACACAUACAGGCGAGGUCCAGUUCUCAAAAAAUGGCAGUACGCCCGUGGUGUUCAUGCAUGUGGACCAGACACUGCAACUGUGGGCGUUCUUUGAUGUAUAUGGCAGCACACAGAAAAUUCGCAUCCUUGGAAGCUGUGUCGAGCCACACCAUCCGCACUCCUCUUCAGGAUCAAGAAACUCAUCUCCACCACCAAGAGUGAUUGAUCCUACCCUAGCAGCUGGACGCCUCCGUGUGAAUCUGCCCUGCACCACAAGUAAUGGCACCAGUAGCAGCAUCAAUGGCUUAUCAGAAAGUCAUGGCCAACAUAAUGGUGUGCCAGUUCCUGUAUCUGUCUCACAGCGGUUCUGCUGCACAGGGCCGACACCAACUCCAACAGCUACUGCUGAGUUGGUACAGUAUCAGCCAUCAGUAGGAGGUGGCACUGUUCUUGUAGUGAAUCUCCCACCAGCCCAUUCAAACUACCUCAACCAACAAAAUCAGCAGAACCAACAUCAGCAUCAGAGUGCAUCACCUGCAGUGACAACACAGCAUCACAUGCAGUCUUCACAACCUCCAGUACCUGUUGACCUUCAGCCAUCUUCCUCAGGCACUCUACUUUCUACAUACAGUCACACCUAUAUUGAGCCUGUGUCAGCAACAUCAUAUUCUACUCUGGACUCGACAUCAACAAUGCAGCAGUGGGCAGAUGCAACAGCAGCUACAGGCGGUAGUGGAACUGAAUGCACUAUCUGCUACGAGCGUCCCAUUGACAGUGUGUUGUACAUGUGUGGUCACAUGUGUAUGUGCUAUGAAUGUGCCGUCCAACAGUGGAGGGGCAAGGGUGGUGGCCACUGCCCACUCUGCAGGGCUAUUAUACGGGAUGUGAUCCGAACCUACAAGUCCUGAUAGUGGGCCUUGGCCUCAUGCACCCAGCGGCCUAUGUCUCUAUUCCUGGAGGCAGGCAAAGUGUAGCCCAAUUACAAGAGCUUUCCAUCCAGGGUGCAGGACAUGGUCAUAAUGGAAAUAUGUAACGUCCUCAAGUUUGCACUGAGCAGUUCGUUAGCUGUGUUCAAGAACAAAAGCGCACUGGAUCUGAGCUGGGUAUUACAUGGCCAAAAAUAAUUAGAAUGCAAGGAAUUAAUGGAACAUUCCACAUCUAAAAUGUAAUUUCAUAAUAAAAGUUUUCACGACUAAAUCAUGACAAGAUACACAUGAUUACAACUGUGAUCACUACUAGGUGCUAAGACAGAACCUACUAAAACAUUUACAGGACUCCACAGUUGCCUUGAGACCACACAGUCUGUGGUUUCUUUAAAAUUAAUUUAUCUGAAUGUUUUGUCAUGGUGAAUGCAGCACAGUUUGGUUUUGUGGCACCUUUUAUUGUGGAAUUAUACUUUCAAGGCUGGAAUGUUAGAUGUACAUGUGCCCUAUUUAAACUGCAUGUUUAUCCAUGUCAUGAGAUUACAUCUUCAGAAUUAACUCAGUUAGGAGGCAUCCAAGUUGUCAUUAAUUUAUGUAGAUGUGAUCAAUAUUAAGGAGAUUUUAAAUAUCUGCAUCUUAUUUAAGCAGCCAAAAAUUGGGCUUCCGUAAACUUUUCCCAUCAGAGGUGGUAGAAUAAUGAGUUUGAACUGUUCAGUGUCUGUAGAGGAAUUAUUUGAUGUACAAUUUAAUUCUUUGCAGAAAUUAAUUUUUGUUCUAUAUGAAUCUGUCUUCUGCAUGUUGAUGUGAUGGAUCCAUGUUACUGCAGCAGUUAGGCACAACGUGACAAUGCUAAUUUCACGGUUCAUAAUGUGAGACACUGGUCUACCUUAGCUGAAUAUUAUCAGCUUCAGUGUAUACAGUUUCUAACCAAAGAGAGCACAGUAAAGCUCCUGUUGUUUUGAUAGAGGUAUGUGGGACUGGCAAGCUAUAGGUUUAAUAAGCCUUUAAUUUGGUAAUAAAGUCACGUUGUUUUUGGUAUUUCACUGAUCUAGAAAAGUAGAGUGUUAUAUACUCGUUUAAAAUUAAGUUAUGAAUUCUUUUUUUACACUGUCUCAGGCUGAAACUUAUUUUAUGUAAGUUAAAUGUGUGCGUGUGUGUGUGUAUGUGUGUGCAUGCGCACAUUUGUGCAUGCACCUGUGAGAGAUAGAGUAGUUAU